CCAAAUUUUGUAAAAAAACAGGAGGAGAAUCCAAGCAAGACAUCCCUUUGGCCUUUCCUAAGAAAGAACUAAAAAAGGCAUGUCAGUAACCCUAUAGAUCUGGUACAUCAAGCGUCGGCAGAGACUCCCAAAAUGGCAACCCCAGUCUCUCCUUCACUAGCCCCACUUCUCCUCUUUGCAAGAAUCUCAGGUCUUUUAGCAGCAGCUUUAGUCAUUUCUUGGGCUCUUGUUUUCAAGUCUAGCUUUCUGCCUCAAUCUACCUCUCAAGAAGACCUCAUUUACGCUGUUCUCCAUCCCUUGCUAAUGGUGAAUGGUUUCAUUCUCAUCAGUGGAGAAGCAAUUUUGGUACAUAAAUGGUUGCCUGGUUCAAGGGGUUUCAAGAAAUCAGUGCAUUUGUGUCUUCAAGGACUGGCUCUGGCUUGUGGGAUUUUUGGGAUUUGGACAAAGUUUCAUGGUAACGAUGGGAUUGUGGCAAAUUUCUUCAGUUUGCAUUCUUGGAUGGGUUUAAUCUGCAUUUCCUUGUUUGGAGCUCAGUGGCUGAUGGGUUUCAUGAGCUUUUGGCAUCGAGGCGAAAUGCGGGCAGUGAGGAUAACAGUGUUACCAUGGCACAUCUUUCUUGGUCUCUACACAUAUGGGUUAGCCGUGGCAACAGCAGAAACAGGACUGCUGGAAAAGAUUACAUUCUUGCAAACAAAGAAAGACGUGUCGAAACACAGUCCAGAAUCCAUGGUUGUUAAUAGUUUAGGACUGAGCUUGGCUUUACUGAGUGGUAUUAUAAUACUAGCUGCGGUCUCUCCCGGGUAUCAAAGUUUUCGAAGUGAACUUACGUAUUCUGAAUCAAAGAAAUUGAUGACAUCGAAAAAAGUGACUGCAGAAAAAAUGGAUGUUCCGGUGAUUAGGUUUCCGACUAUAACUCUGAUGGUGAGAGUAAUCGGAGUGUUGGUGGCUGCUUUCGUUCUAAUUUGGACCUUCCAUUUCAGAGGAGGCUUGGCUCUUUCAUCUGAUAACAAAAGCCUCAUCUUCAAUGUGCAUCCUGUUCUUCUGGUGAUUGGUCUUGUUCUCUUGAAUGGUGAAGCGAUGCUAGCUUACAAGACUGUAUCAGGAACUAAAAGUUUCAGAAAGAUAGUGCAUCUGACAAUGCAAUCUAUGGCAUUUUGUUUAAGCACAAUAGGAGUCUGGGCUGCUUAUAAGUUCCACAGUGAGAAGGGUGUUGAUCAUUUCUACACUCUGCAUUCAUGGCUGGGCUUAACUUGUUUAUUCCUCUUUGGUACUCAGUGGGCUGCUGGCUUUUACACGUUUUGGUAUCCUGGUGGUUCAAUAAACAGUAGAGCUGCUCUACUUCCCUGGCAUGUAUUCUUCGGGAUUUAUAUAUAUGCACUUGCUGUUGCCACUACUGCCACAGGAAUUCUAGAGAAAGCUACAUUCUUGCAAAUGCACAACAUAACAUCGCCCUACUCCACUGAGGCAUAUUUGGUGAAUUCCCUGGGUAUGCUGGUUGUUGUUCUUGGUGGUUGUGUAAUACUUGCCAUAGUUACACCUAUGAGUGCUAAAGGUGAUGCUCUUAGAACACAAGAGUAUCAAAUGCAAUAUCCUUCUGUGUAAUUACAGACAAGUGUUAUUGUUGUAGAAUGAUUCUUUCAAGAGUGACUUUGGUCUGUUUAGCGGAGUAUCUUUGUUGGCCAAUCAUUUGGGUGUGUUGGAUGGAAGGUUGAAUCUGAAAAAUAAGAGCAUGUUGAUGAGGUUACUGAAAACGUUUAUUGCAAAAGGUCUUCUAAGCCAAUGAUAAGCCAACUCUGACCCUGACUGGGAAGUCUCUGUGCAGACCAUUAAUGGCCUCUUCCUCCUAGUACAAGUUCAAGCAGUUGGAACAGGGGUCCCUUUGAAGGAGAGUUCAGUGGGUCAUAUACUUUGUUUUUUCCUACCUCACUGUUUGUCACUCAUAUUUUGUCACUUAAACUCGUUUACAUAAUGAAUGGACGGUGUUACAUGCUUGGGCAAACAACAAA